AUGCCUCCCAAGAAGGUCGUCAAGGAGGAGAAGAUCCCUUUGGGUCGUCCCGGAAACAACCUGAAGAGUGGUAUCGUUGGUCUGGCUAACGUCGGAAAAUCCACCCUCUUCCAAGCUAUUACCAAGUGUUCUCUUGGUAACCCUGCUAACUUCCCCUACGCCACUAUCGACCCUGAGGAGUCUCGUGUCAUUGUUCCCGAUGAGCGUUACGACUGGCUUUGCGAGCACUACAACCCCAAGUCGAGAGUCCCCGCUCACCUUACCAUCUACGAUAUUGCUGGUCUGACCCGUGGUGCCUCUACUGGUGCUGGUCUCGGAAACGCUUUCUUGUCUCACAUUCGUGCCGUCGAUGCCAUCUUCCAGGUCGUCAGAUGUUUCGAUGAUGCCGAAAUUAUCCACGUCGAGGGUGAUGUCGACCCCGUCCGUGAUCUCGAGAUUAUCAGCGAGGAGCUCCGUAUCAAGGAUAUCGAGUUCGUCGAGAAGGCUCUUGAGAACCUGAAGAAGCAGACCCGCCGUGGUGGUCAGUCUCUUGAGAUGAAGAAGCUCAAAGAAGAGGAGGCUACCACAGAGAAGAUUCUCGCCCUGCUCCAGGAGGGCAAGGACGUCCGUCACCAGCACUGGACUCCCAAGGAGGUCGAGGUCAUCAACCCUCUCUUCCUUCUUACCGCCAAGCCUGUUGUCUACCUGACCAACCUUAGCGAGAGAGACUACCUCCGUCAAAAGAACAAGCACUUGCCCAAGGUUGUCGAGUGGAUCAAGGCUCACUCUCCUGGCGAGCCCAUUCUCCCCAUCUCCAUCGCCCUUGAGGAGCGUCUUUCCCGUUUCGAGACCGAUGCCGAGGUCGAGGAGGAGUGCAAGAAGAUUGGUGGCAAGUCUGCUCUUCCCAAGGCCAUCACCACUAUGCGCAAGGCUCUCGACCUUGGCAGCUUCUUCACAACCGGUACCGAUGAGGUCCGUCAAUGGACUAUUCGUAACGGCACCAAGGCUCCUCAAGCCGCCGGUGUGAUUCACGGUGAUUUCGAGAAGACCUUCAUCCAGGCCAUCGUAUACAACUUCAACCUUCUCAAGGAGUUGAAGACUGAAGCCGAAGUCAAGGCACAAGGAAAGAUCAUGACCAAGGGCAAGGACUACAUUGUUGAGGAUGGAGACAUCGUUCUCAUCAAGGCCGGUGCCGCCAAGGCUUAA